AUGAUGAAUUUCGCGAAGAUGAUGAUCCCUAAGUACUACGUUAAAUGGGUUGAUCACAUGGAAGACUAUCUUAACAAUAUCAGUGAGGAUAUUUGGAGAUCUAUUGAAACUAGACCAUAUCAUGUUGAAUUGGUUCAAGUUGUUGGUAACGUUGGAGGUGAUGAAGAUAUGGUCACAAAAGGCAACAAGAAGAAGGCGAAUGACAAAAGAUGUAUCUGUGAACUGCAAGGACCUCUUUCAUCUGUUGUUUACAACUAUGUUCGGGGUUACAAGAUGGCAAAGACAGCUGAAGAGAACAAAAGGAACUUUGGAGGCCCAAUGACACUAGUUUUGAAGAUAACUGUGAAAGAGAUUGAGUCUGAUGAAGAAGCGAAAGAAGCGAAAGAAGCUAAAUAA